UGUCACAAGACGCGUUAAACGCGUUAUUUACUUGUACCGUCCGUGGCUUGUAAUGCUGGAUCUGGAGAAAGAGUAGUCACAAAAAAAAAAAAAAAGGCUCUGUGCGCACAAGGACGUGUCUGGCACAUUUCCCGCAGUCCGUGAACGCAGCGAGCUGCAAAACUGCGAGAGAAGCGGAGAUUGAAGCGGAGAGAGGCAGAGCGGCGGCGACGGCCAUCUUAGAGCUACCGACACACAUCCCCUGGAUUUUUUAUUCUUAUUGCCAGGGAAAACCUUCCUCCUGUCUGACGAGGGAAGAAGAAGGGGGGAGAAGCAGACUGCGUUUGACCUCACGGCGGCUCAACUCGAAGUCGGGAUGCGGUUCCGAGGGAAUACACGAUUUGCAUCCGCCGUCGGACUGGUCCUCGGACUAUUAUGCGCGGUGGAGGCAGCUAAAGUGAACAGGCACAAGCCAUGGAUCGAGACGACGUACCACGGCAUCGUAACAGAAAAUGAGGCCAAAGUUCUCCUGGACCCUCCUCUGAUUGCACUGGACAAGGAUGCUCCUCUACGCUAUGCAGAGAGUUUUGAGGUGACCCUCACUGAAGAAGGUGAGAUUUGCGGCUUCUGGGUCCACGGGCAGAAUGUCCCUUUCGAGGCGGUGGUCCUGGACAAGUCCACCGGCGAGGGGGUCAUCAGGGCAAAGGACAAGCUGGACUGUGAGCUGCAGAAGGAGCACACCUUCACCAUCCAAGCCUACGACUGUGGAGAGGGUCCCGAUGGCGCCAACAUGAAGAAAUCCCACAAGGCGACCGUCCACAUCCAAGUGAACGACAUCAACGAGUACUCCCCGGUGUUCAAGGAGAAGUCCUACAAAGCCACGGUCAUCGAGGGGAAGAAGUACGACAGCAUCCUGAAGGUGGAGGCGGUGGACGCGGACUGCUCGUUCCAGUUCAGCCAAAUCUGCAACUACCAGAUCGUGACCCCUGAUGUGCCCUUCGACAUCGACAAGGACGGUGUCAUCAAGAACACAGAGAAACUGAGCUACGGCAAAGAGCGCAUGUACAAGCUGACUGUGACGGCAUACGACUGCGGAAAGAACCGAGCCUCCGAGGAUGUGCUGGUCAAGAUCAGCGUCAAGCCCACCUGCAAACCCAGCUGGCAAGGGUUCAAUAAGAGGAUUGAAUACGAGCCCGGCACAGGCAGCCUGGCCCUCUUCCCCAGCAUGCACUUGGAGACCUGUGAUGAACCCAUCACUUCCAUCCGAGCCAAUAUUGAGCUGGAAACCAACCAUAUUGGGAAGGGCUGCGACCGUGACACCUACUCCGAGAAGUCGUUACACAAGUUGUGUGGAGCCAGCUCCGGCACCGUGGAGCUCCUGCCCGCACCCAGCAGCUCCACCAACUGGACGGUAGGUCUGCCCACCGACAACGGCCACGACAGCGACCAGGUGUUUGAGUUCAACGGCACCCAGGCCAUCAAGGUUCCUGAGGGUAUGGUGAGCACCAACCUGAAGGAGCCAUUCACCAUCUCCGUGUGGAUGAGGCACGGCCCCGGGGCCCACGAGAAGGAGACCAUCCUCUGCAACUCUGACAAGACGGAGAUGAACAGACACCACUACUCCCUCUACGUCCACAACUGCAGGCUGAUCUUGCUCCUGCGCCAGGAUCCGUCGGAGGCCGAGAACUACAAACCAGCAGAGUUCCACUGGAAACUCGACCAGGUGUGCGACAAAGAGUGGCAUCACUACGUGCUAAAUGUGGAGUUCCCCAAGGUUUCUUUGUUCGUGGACGGGACUACCUUUGAGCCGUUCCUGGUUACAGAGGACUACCCGCUGCACGCCUCUAAGAUUGAAACCCAGCUCACCAUUGGGGCCUGCUGGCAAGAAAACUCAGGACAUGACAAUGACACUGAGACAGUCCCUGAGCCCACCUCAGGCGCCAACGGUCGAAUGGCUCAGUUCUUCCGGGGGAACCUAGCGGGGCUCAUCAUCCGCUCUGGAAAGCUGGAGAACAAGAAGGUGAUCGACUGCUUGUACACCUGCAAGGAAGGACUUGACGUGCAGCUGCCUGAGGAGGUGGCUUCAGCCGUCAAGGUGGAGUUCAACCCCAACCAGUCGUCUCUGACCGUGGAAGGCGACGACAUCGACGCCUUCGACAAGGUCAUGCAGCACAUCUCCUACCUGAACUCCCGCCAGUUCCCGACACCCGGCAUCAGGCACCUUCGCAUCUCCACCACCGUCAAAUGCUUCAACGAGGAGUCCUGCGUGACGGUGCCAGACGCUGAAGGCUACGUGAUGGUGCUGCAGCCAGAAGAACCCAAGAUCAGCCUGAGCGGCAUCGACCACUUCGCCCGCAGCGCCGCUGAAUUCGAGAGCCAGGAAGGAGUGACGCUGUUCCCCGAGCUGCGCAUCGUGAGCACGAUCACCCGCGAGGUUGAGGCCGACACCGAGUCCGAAGCUGUGGAGGGAGCUGACGAUGACCCCACAGUCCAAGAGACGGUGGUGUCGGAGGAGAUCAUGCACAACCUGGACACCUGUGAAGUGACCGUGGUUGGAGACGAGCUGGACGGGGAGCACGAGAGCCUGGAGGUGGACAUGUCCCAGCUGCAGCAGCGCGCCUUGGAGAUGAGCUCAUCGAACCUGGGCCUCGUCAUCACUGGUGUGAACACUAUGGCCAACUAUGAGCAGGUCCUGCACCUUAUCCGAUACAAGAACUGGCACACCGAGGCUCUCUUUGACAGGAAAUUCAAGCUGGUCUGCUCUGAACUCAAUGGCCGCUACAUCAGCAAUGACUUCAAAGUCGAGGUAAAUGUUAUCCACACAGCCAACCCUGUGGAGCAUGCCAACAAUGCCAUGGUGCAACCCAACUUCAUCAACCCUAUCCAUCACGCCUCUGUGGAUCUGUCCGGUCACAACCUGGUCAACGCUCACCAGGCCUCAGUGGUUCCCAGCGCCGCCACCAUUGUCAUCGUGGUGUGCGUUAGCUUCCUGGUGUUUAUGAUCAUCCUGGGCGUGUUCCGCAUCCGAGCCGCUCACCAGCGCACCAUGAGAGACCAGGAGAACGGCAAGGAGAACGAGAUGGACUGGGACGACUCGGCCCUCACCAUCACCGUCAACCCCAUGGAGACGUACGAGGACCAGCACAGCAGCGAGGAGGAGGAGGAAGAGGAGGAGGAGAGCGAGGACGGAGAGGAGGAAGACGACAUCACGAGCGCCGAGUCGGAGAGCAGCGAGGACGAGGAGGGCGGAGAGCCGGAGGACCAGCAGGGGGCCAGCAGACAGCAGCAGCUGGAGUGGGACGACUCCACCCUCACCUAUUAAAAACACACGCAACGCAAAUCUCCGACAACACACACACACACACACACACACGCCACCAACACCCUCACACUCACUGCUUCACACGCACACCCCUCCCCUACAGUUUCAUGUCUAGGAGCCAUGAUGUAAAAACUAAAAGAUACUCCCUUCAGCGUAUAUAUGGUCAAGGUUUUUCUGUUGUUAUCUUAGUGGUGGUACUCAGUGUAGUGUAGUCAUCACCGGAUUGCUGAUUUGUACGUUUUUUUUUUUUUUUUUUUUAAUUUAUUAUAUUUUAAUUCCCAGGAAAACUUGGCCUACAUUUGUUUUGAACUGAGUGAGGAAGCCAACCCUGCACUUUUUAUUUUAUUUUAUUUUUUUCGUUUCCUCUCGGGCUUUUAAAAAGGAAAAUAAUGUUGGUUUUCCUGAUGUCUGUCUGUUCUUUGCUGAUGCUUUUAGAUCCGUUUGCAGCUAAACUCACCGAUAGCUUCUAACUUUUAUUCCACCGUGAAACAGAGCUUUUAACAAGUAGACUGCGUUUUUUUUUUUUCCUUUUCUUUUCCUUUCUUCUUUUAGUGCAUGAGGAAAAAUUCGGGAAGUCAUACGUGUAGAGAAAUAAAUUGCUUUUUAAAGAUUUUGUAAAUAUAAAAGAAACCAUGUAAUUAGUCAGUGUGUUAGUGGAGGCCUGCUCACCGGGGUCCAAUAUCUAAAAAAAAUACGUAAUGUAGAAUAUUUGUGUCUCACAGGCUGUAGCAUGUCGCUGAAUUUCCGCUAAAGCCAAGUUCCAUCAUGCUUGUACAAAAAUGAUCUGCUUCACGAUGAGAAACCCAGGACUGAUAUGAGGAGGUUUCCUCGACAAAGUGGUGUCCAUUUUGUCUUUUAUUUUAUUUUUUAUUUUCAUAUUUAAUUUUCUUUGCAAGGAGUAAAAUCAUUUUCUCAGCUUUCUCCUAGGCAGGACUGGUCGACGGUUUCGUUCAUGCUUUUACGCUCUACUCUUGCUGUCAAACGUGUUUCAUUCCCAGUAGAUCUCACUGUUGUACAGAGGGGAUUCUUUCUUUUCUUUUUUUUUUUUUUUUUUUUUGAAGAAGAAGAAGAAAUGUACAAAUGGACAUGGUCGCGCUGAACUUCACAAACGGGAGGGAGGGAGGGGAGGCCGUGCUGUUGAUCUUCAAAAAUGUGGGUACUUAAUAUUUCUGGACGAGCAGAGAGAUAUCCUCAGCAGCUUUAAAAAAAAAAAAGAGAGAGAAAGAAAGAAGAAAAGAAAAAGCCGAAGUAGGAAGGAAACAAAUAAACUUUCAAACUACUGAAAGAGCGUAUUUUCUUUAGCUUUAGCGGAGACUGGUGGUCGAAUAGUUGUCGGGAAGUGAAAGUACUUUUCAGGAUAUCUUUGUUGCGGGUUAUUUUCCACGGCUGUUUAACCUUUAAAUAAUAAUGAUGAUAAUAAUAAUAAUAAUAAUACCUUCAUCCGAUGUGUUUUUAAACUGUUUUCCCGCCUCGAAAGAAUCGGCGCGGCAGGAAAACACUUUGAAAGCAAAAAAUGAAAAUCGUUUGAAUCUUAAAAUGAGAUAUUUUUUUGCAGUAGACCACUAGAUUUUAUUGUACAUGGAACUGUACUGUAGAGUUGAUAUUUGUUUACAUUUGGUAAACUUCUUUUCCUUCUGGUGUUGGUAUAGAGCUUAUACAGUUGAUGGCGGGGGGGAGGGAAAUAAAUGUGUCCAGCCUCUUAAUCUCCACUCAGACACUGUUGUGUGUGUGUGUGUGUGUAUAUAUAUAUAUAUAUAUACAUAUAUGUAUCUUUCACUAAAGUAAAAUGUACCUACGUUCUUUUGGGUACAUUUCCCAAACCUUAAGCAUUAAGUGAAACCAGAUUUGUGGCAUUGCGGUCUGCAGUAAGUGGCAUUAUCAGGAUCAGAAAAGAGUUGCAUGUGAAUCUAUUUCCAGAGGCCAAAAUUGAAUUGAGAAACAUUUGACACUUUUUCUUUUUUUGUCUCUUGGGAGGAUUUGAGCUGUAUUUGUAUUUUUUUUUUUGUUUUUUUCUCGCCUCUGUGGUGAAAAUCUAUUGUAGUCUCCCCUCCAUGAUGACUUGGAGCCCAGGUCUGAGCCGGCUGAGAUGGGAGUGCCUUUUGCCGAUCAUAGCGUAAUUAGCAGGUCUAACAAGAAAAAAAAAAAACUAAAAAAAGCAAACAAAAAACAAAACAAACGUAUCCAUGUUCUUUUAUUUGUGUUUCUUUCUUUUUUUUUUAAUUUACUAGAUUUCUUACAUAGCUUGGGAUGCGUUUUCUCUCAGUUCGUCGUAACGAUAGUCCACCGCUAGUUUUAUUAAAAAAAAAAGAAAAAAAAAGAAGUGAAAACCUUUUACAUAGAUGUCAUGUGUCCUUGUUGAUGUGUAGAGGAAGUAGAUCCAUAUUGUAUCUUCUAUAGAUAUCGUACUAAAUCAUAUUGACGGAAUCCACCUUUAAAAAGAUGUACAGUACAUUAUGAAAUCGCUUUGGCAGCAUACAUGGGUAUACUGUUAACUGACCUAUUUGUGUAUAGUGGAAGGUGAUUCUGAACGGUGUCCUAUUGCCUGACUUGUCGAGAAGUGAUUUUUGAGGGCAGCAUGAAAUUCACCGGAGUAUAAAUAAGCCUGUCGGCCGAGAGCAGAAAUCCUCACGGUUUCAUUACGUCAAACACCCUUCUCGUCAGAGGUUUUAACAGUACAGUUUGGGUCACUGGUACGUGCGCACAGUCUCCACCGUGACUCCACCAUCAUCUCCAGUUUAUGCUUUCUGAUCAGCCCCUGAGCUCAGUUGGUAGGAAAUGAAUGUCACUGCCUAGCAACCUGAAACGCAGCCAUAUUGUAAUAACACUACUCUCGGGGGGGGGAAUUGACUUUUGCAUGAAACACCAGUUUUGUGUUUUCGUUCCGUGUGGAGUUGUGAGCCUGGAGUGAGAAAGGAGUCGUGAUACGCUGCCGACGGUCUGUUUCACACAUCCAUGACACUCCAGAUAUCAUCUCUUUUUUCUUUUUUUUUUUUUCUCCUUUUUCUUUUGACAAUUUGUUUAAAAAUGGACGAUGGCGAUGUUUCCAGGACGGCCGGAUGCUUCCUUUGUGCUUGUUGGAGCUGCUCUCACUUUUCUACCAAUUGAGAGGCAAAUUGUAGUGAAGUCGAUGCUUGCUCGUAAACAUAAUAAAGGAUGAUGAGAUGGGGUAUAA